UUGGGGAGCCGCCCCCCCCCCCCGGCCCGGCGGCGCAGCUCGUGUCCCCAGCCGUGUCCCCACCUCAGUGCCCGCCCCGGGCCCGCCCCCGGCGCCCACCAUGUACGCCUUUGUGCGGUUCCUGGAGGACAACGUCUGCUACGCGCUGCCCGUGUCGUGCGUGCGCGACUUCAGCCCCCGCUCACGGCUGGAUUUUGACAACCAGAAGGUGUACGCCGUGUACCGGGGCCCAGAGGAGCUGGGUGCCGGGCCCGAGAGCCCCCCGCGCGCCCCACGCGACUGGGGUGCACUGCUGCUCCACAAGGCCCAGAUCCUGGCGCUGGCAGAAGACAAAUCUGACCUUGAAAACAGUGUGAUGCAGAAGAAAAUAAAAAUCCCCAAACUUUCUCUCAAUCACGUAGAAGAAGAUGGGGAGGUUAAAGAUUAUGGGGAAGAAGAUUUACAGCUUAGACACAUCAAGAGACCCGAGGGGCGGAAGCCGAGCGAAGUGGCGCACAAGAGCAUCGAGGCCGUGGUGGCCCGACUAGAGAAGCAGAACGGCCUGAGCCUGGGCCACAGCACGUGUCCAGAAGAGGUCUUUGUGGCGGCCUCACCGGGCACAGAGGACAUGGACAGUCUGGAGGAGGCCGCUGUGCCCCGGGCUCUGUAUGAGGAGCUGCUGCGCACCUACCAGCAGCAGCAGGAGGAGAUGCGCCACCUGCAGCAGGAGCUGGAGCGGACGCGGAGGCAGCUAGUGCAACAGGCCAAGAAGCUCAAGGAGUGCGGGGCGCUUGUGUCCGAGAUGAAGGAGCUCCGUGACCUCAACCGCAGGCUGCAGGACGUGCUGCUCCUAAGGCUCGGCAGCGACAAUCUUCAGGAAGGAGCAGAGCAGAAGGUGGUGUUCAUCACGGGACGCGUCCACCCCGGGGAGACGCCCUCCUCAUUUGUGUGCCAAGGGAUCAUUGACUUCCUCAUAAGCCAGCACCCAGUCGCCCGUGCCCUGCGGGAACACCUGGUCUUCAAGAUUGCACCAAUGCUCAACCCUGAUGGAGUCUACCUGGGCAAUUACAGGUGCUCUCUGAUGGGAUUCGACCUGAACCGUCACUGGCUGGAUCCCUCUCCGUGGGCCCACCCUACCCUGCAUGGGGUGAAACAGCUCAUCAUCCAGAUGCACAACGACCCUAAAACAAGCCUGGAGUUUUAUAUUGACAUCCACGCCCACUCCACCAUGAUGAAUGGCUUCAUGUACGGCAACAUCUUUGAGGAUGAAGAACGGUUCCAGAGGCAGGCCAUUUUUCCCAAGCUCCUCUGCCAGAAUGCUGAAGACUUCUCCUAUUCCAGCACAUCCUUCAACCGGGAUGCCGUGAAGGCAGGCACAGGCCGUCGCUUCCUCGGAGGGCUCCUGGACCACACCUCCUACUGCUACACCCUCGAGGUCUCCUUCUACAGCUACAUCAUCGGGGGCACCACGGCCGCUGUGCCCUACACCGAGGAAGCCUAUAUGAAGCUAGGGCGGAACGUGGCCAGAACCUUUCUGGACUACUAUCGGCUGAACCCCAUGGCUGAGAAACUGGCGCUGCCCAUGCCGAGGCUGCGGAAAGAAAAACCCCCUCCCCACAAGUCCCUACUCCCGCGGGGCCGGGCCAGCAACUACCCCAACGGCAAAAGGGACAAGAAGAUCUCAGUGGACCACAAAGACCCUUCAGGCCCUUUUUGAGGAUGUGAAGUCCGGGCGGUCUUGUGGAGGCAGGAGCGUGCGCUUUCUGCCAGGGCCUGGCAUUGAUCACCCUCUUAGUUUCCAAGACCAGGGCUGUGGGAUGAUGAGAAAGCUAGUGAAAGGAGAGGGAAAAAAUGAAAAAUUUCAUCAUUGAUUCUCCCUCUGACCAACGGGAAAUCAAUUGUAAGGCUUCAGCUUAUGUCUCAGGAACGAGAUAGGAGAGGCAAACCAAGCGAGGACAGAUGCCCUUGUCCACCACACAGACACCCGCACAGGAAGGGGAAUUGGACACACCCCCUUUGAGAGGUUUGACACAUCUCAGGUCAGUUUACCUGCUUCAGUUGUAUAUUCACUCCAUACAGAUGGCUACCUUUUAGAGGGAGCUAAGAAUAAGUUUACGGUUUUAGAAAAGCUGUGUCCAUAUUUGCUGGCCCAAAAUAACAUCAACCACACUUACAACCCAAAGACAAAUGUACUGUUGGAAACAGUGGGACAGCAUUUUUGAAAUCACAGCUUGUCUUAGACAUUCAGCCACUUUAUCUGUGAGUUGCAUGCCCCCCUGACUCCCCCAAACCCCAGCAUGCAGCAUCAGAAAACUCUUCUGAGCUAUUUCCCAAUUUUAGCUCCAAAGACAGUAAGUAUUGGUCACUCAUGCUCCACAUCCUGUGGUCACAGAUCAAACCUGGCCACGGAAAAGGUGGGCAUUUAGUCUGAAAUGGGGCAAGGCUGGCUGCCAGGUAAAGAAGAUACAAAAGACAAAAAGAUGCACUCUGAGGCAGGUGGGGAUGAUACAAUAAAACAACAGCAGUAGCAAUCUCCAAGGUGGGGCAAGCUUAAUAUUGUGUAUUUUUCUAAAGAGUAAAGUGCCUUUGUAUGAUGAAUGGGUCCAGGAGAGUCUGCUCCCUCCCUGUCUGCGUUGCAAUGCGGCAGGCUGAGUCACCGUGACAGCCUGCUAAUUAAAAUGACCUCCAGGAAAUGAGGAUUAGGGGAUAGGGAGAGGAAGGGAGGCUCAAGGGAGAUAGGGCCUUUAGCACAAAGCUCCAGUUAAGCACUUUUUUUUCCUUUGGGUUGAAGAUUUUCUAAGUUUGUUGUGAAAAUCAAGAGCAAAGCUUAUUCUCCCUUUGCUUAUUGGUUUUCAGCAAUUAUAACAAAGAACCAUAUGUUAGCUGGCUACAAAUGUUCUGUUGUGUAUACA